AUGGCAGUAGAGUCUUCUUCAUCACUGCAGUUGUCGGACGGGGAGCCAGUGAAAAGAGCAUCAGAUAACAGAACCCCCACUGAUGAGCAAUCAGGUGACGGUCUUGACCAAGGUGACGACUCUGACAAGAAACAAUUUGUGCCUAUAAGGAAGGGUAGAAGAAAGAAAGUCAAAUCUCAGAACUCUUCUAGCGCUUUGUCCACUGCUGUGGAGCUUUUUGAAAAAGUGGUUAAUAAUGACCCAACAACACAGCUGAUGCAUUUUUUCAAAGAGGAAAAUCAGCGAGCUCGUGAACAUGAAUUAAUGUUAAUGGAACUCUUCAUGUCACAAAGACAGCCUGCAGUUAGUUAUUCUGCAGGUUCAUCCUCUAUCAUUUUCCCAGGAAGAAGCCCCAGCCCAUUUGCAGGAUCUAGUCAUUGUGCAGGUUCAUCCUCUAUGAUUUCCCCAGAAAGAAGCCCCAGUUCAUUUGCAUACACAGCUCAAGAUUUACUCUACAAGGAACCUCGACAGUGCCACUUCUCAGUGAGUGAAGGGAAAAGGUAUCACCAGUUGUAGAUUAAUGUGGAACAGAGUGGACAUUAAUGUUGAUAUUUCUUGUAUAUUUCCUGACUUUAUCCAUGAUCAUCAAUGUGAGGGAUGAUUAAUGUUUGUACUCCAUUUAACUAGUACCACAGUUCAAGUUUAUAACUUUUUUAAUUUUUAACACUUGCUGCUUCUCUUGGUUAGAAUUUUCACACUUUAAAUUUUAAAGUACAGUCAAUCUCAUGAUUGAACCGUUGCGUUUCUUUGUGACAAAAUGGUGCAUUAUGAAGGAAUAAACAGACAAUUUAGAUCCAGUUCAUUUCAAAGGGAAAAUGGUUUUUAUUUUUUCAUCAACAACAUAACAAACAUCAAAUACAUUCAGUGGUAAAGAAAACAAAACAUUACCUUUUUUAACAAGCAACUCAGCCUUUGUUAUAGCCAGUUGAAAAUUUAAUGAGGUAUGUGACAAUAGACUCUAUAGCAAAAGGAAACAUUAUUAUAACAUAGCGCGCGUGCUUGCCCUGUAUAAGUCCUAUUGAGCCGCUAUGAACAAAAUUUUUAUUUACGCACGCCGGUGCGUAAAUAAAAAUUAUGCAUUUAGCUGUGCGUAUAUCAAGUUAUGGAUGCACUUAAGAAGUUUGGAGUGCACUCAAAAAGCUAGAGUUGCUCUCGGCUGCGCCUUGAGCUACUCUUCAUUUUCCGUGCUCUCCAAACUUCCCGCGUGCAUUCAUAACCCGAUAUACGCACGCUAUGCAUGAACAAAUUCUUAAAGAAUAAGGAAAGUGACUCUACGCUAAUCUACAAUUUUUAGACACUUGAGCCAACACCAUAACAUGAAAAAAAAUGAAACCAGCUAGCAUGAGUAAUUAUGAACUGGUAUCAUAACAAGUGAAAUAUCAAGACAAAUCAUGAAGUGAAUUUGACAAAGAGGGGACUAUUCAACAGACCCCAUGCCCUUCUUUCUCUCUCAAAAACUUAUCAGAUAGACAGUUACGAAUUAAAGUGGCUUGGUGACAUGAAUCUCGAACUGGUGGACUUCGAACCAUUUGCAACAGGUUUCUUAUGA